AUCCCUCUUAUAGCCUCCAUAAUCAGACUUAGAAGAGAGAGAGAGAGAGAGAGAGAUAGAAACCAGACACCCUAGACAGCGACACAGACCAGAGACGGGAAGGUCGAAAAUGGUGUCGGGGUCGGGUAUCUGCGCGAAGCGCGUCGUGGUGGACGCGAGGCACCACAUGCUCGGCCGUCUUGCCUCGAUCGUCGCGAAGGAGCUUCUGAACGGCCAGAAGGUCGUGGUCGUCCGCUGCGAGGAGCUCUGCAUAUCGGGAGGACUCGUGAGGCAGAAGAUGAAGUACUUGCGCUUCCUCCGCAAGCGCAUGAACACCAAGCCCUCUCACGGCCCCAUCCACUUCCGCGCCCCCGCCAAGAUCUUCUGGCGAACCGUUCGCGGAAUGAUUCCGCACAAGACCAAGCGUGGAGCUGCUGCGCUAGCUCGGUUAAAGGCUUACGAGGGAAUUCCGCCGCCUUACGAUAAGAUCAAGAGGAUGGUCGUCCCCGACGCUCUCAAGUGA